AAGUUAUGAUUAAAGACAAUAUAUUGUGAUAUUUGUUUAGAUUUGAUGAUAAAUAUGCAGAAAAGUGAAGCAAAUAAUACAUUGAAUACAUUGAGUGGUCUGUCUGUGUCUGAAAGCAUUAUCAUAAGUGAACGGAUGCGUGAAUUUCAUCAGAUAUUAUGCCAAUUGUGUGAAGAAAUGGUUAGAUCUGACCAUAACUUGGAUAAUAUGAACAAAACUCAUGAACGCACUCAAAGUGAACCACAAAAGCCUUACUAUAAACACAAACUAAAGGGUCUCUACAAGACUGCUCUUCACGACGCAAAAAGUGAAGAAGAAAUCGUAAGGAAAGCACUUGAAAUCAUUCACGACAUUAGAUCUGUUAUUAAGAGCCGACACCGAAAGUCUGGACACGGCUUUACAAAAGAGACUGCAAUCAGAAGGGGUGCACUGAUGAAAAUGCUUCAACAAAAUGCUGCAACACUUCCACUAUUUGUUCCCAAAUCUAACGAUGAUAUUACUCCUCCUAUGUGUGGUGCCAUACCAUCCGAACCCAAUUAUGUGGCAAAAAUGGGUGAUUUAGUGGCAGCACUGGUUAAGGGAACAGAUGGCGAUGAAAAUUGGAUAUUAGCUGAAGUGGUUCAUUAUAAUCACAAUUCAAAUAAAUAUGAAAUUGAUGACAUCGAUGAAGAACAAAAAGAUAGACAUAUUUUAAGCAGAAGACGUAUAAUACCCUUACCAUUGAUGAGAGCUAAUCCAGUAACAGAUUUGGACGCACUUUUCCCAAAAGACACGCUUGUAUUAGCACUUUAUCCUCAAACGACAUGUUUUUAUAGAGCCAUAAUCCAAGAACCACCUAAAACAGCUCAGGAAGAAUAUCAGGUGUUAUUUGAGGACUCGAGUUAUAACGAUGGCUAUUCACCACCACUUUCAGUCCCUCAAAGAUAUGUCAUUAUCUGUAAAGAGUCGCGAAAGAAAUAAUUACUUAUUUAUUAUAUUAGUUAUUCAUAUAAUUUGAUUAGCAAUUUAUAAUUAUUGGUUAUCAAUAAUUGCA